UAUUUGCCACUCCUCAGCGACUACUCGCUCGCUUUGCGCCAUGCCAACAAAUGACAGCAUAAGUCUCAAUCUUGGAAGCACAAUUCAUUAAGACGUGGGUCAGCAUCCUGAAUGGAAGCGCACGGUAACUCUCAGAUGCGCAUGGUAUCCAGAGGGUUGCUGGCGACUUGGAAAUACGACCACUCGACUCGGAACAAGGUUGUCAUUGCAAAAGGCUCUAGAUCUCCAACUCUGGAUCCGAGCAAUAAGUCGAGUGUCGAACUGUUGUUGGAUUCGGUCUCAUGAGAGGUUCAAUACUUGACUUGGAGCUCUCCGCUGUCUCACAGACUCGCGAAUCACAUUCGAUUUCAACUCUCGUGAUUUCUUGUGGUUCCAGUAGUUACAUAAGUAACUCGAUAAUUAACCUUCGAAAAACUGCCGCUGGCCGUUCCGCAUUCGGUCUGAUGCACAGAAAAGCAUGAGCCACCCUUUGAUUCUUUCUUUUAUUCAGAAGGACCGGUAUAAUCUUGGUCGAUUUUGAGCGCAUGCUUUCUCAUUCGAGCUCGAAAUAAGAGUGUUUCUCAUUCUCAGCGCUGUGUGCAUGUCAAUCUUGAUUACGUCACCGGAUCAUCGGAGCUCCAAAUGAUAUCACCCGAAAAACAGGGAGCCACGGCCUUGCCUCACCUCGUCGUCGCCCACAAUCCCGCCACCCCCUCCCUCCCCUCCCUCCCCACUUCUCUCGACGCCCUUCCUCUUCUGGGUCUGAAAGCGAAGAUGUUCAUCCUCCCCGCUCAAGCUCUCCCCUUCGUGGAUAUCUCCCUGCCUACCUCGGCGAGCACCACAUGGCGUGUGGGCGGAUUGAGCUUCAGCCUAAGCUACACUCGGCUCCUGCUCAUCCUCCUCACCAACAUCGUAUUCGUCUCACUCGUUCGCUCCGCCAUACUAUCGCGGAAACGGACACCCAUCGCCGUGGCUGUUAUCGAGAAGGCGGAGCAGGCCGUAGUUUUGCCGGAGGCGAAGCGAGCUGGGUCUGCGCCUGUAAACAUUGGCGAUUCUGUCCCGGCGUCGCCGCGCAAGUGGUCCAGGCUCUUUUCCUUCAAGUCGAUGGCUAUGCCCACUCUCGCUGAGGCGCUCCCGAUAACGCUUAACCCGCCUCCCCCACCCGUUAUGCGGGGUGGCCAUGUCUACCGCGGUGGCCGUGGUGUUGGAUUUGCCUCGCGGAGAUCUGGCUCAGAAGCCUCGCGGUCGCGAGCUGAUGCUUCCAUGACCGCUGUUUACGACUCUGAGACGCCUGUUUCGAUGGCGCAGAUGAUCAUGAGUCGGCAUGUUAGUCCUCCCAUCCACUCUUUCCUUCGUUCGCCGCUUAUCGUCAUGGGCAGACGUAUCGCCGCCCUGCCAGCCCUAGCCCGCGACGACUGGCUCCUUCGUCCCUGAAUGUAUCACGCCAGGCAUCUGUCCCAGACUUGAUGCCUUCGCCCUCGGCAUCCUCCGUCUAAGAGAGCCCCCGCGGGUUGCAUGGGCCUGCAGAGCCCGAGAUGAUGAGCCACGAUGAUGUUGAUGAGAAGAAGAUGACCCCGACGGACGACGACGUUUGCUAUCUAUCGCUAUCUAUUCAGCGUGCGGUCCUUCGACCGUGCCUGCUGAGCUGUUUGUUAUACCCAUUCUACCUGCCCACGACGCACACACUUGCUACCUUUGCGCUCAGCUUUAUACCACCAACCUAACUAACCUCUUACGCUACAACCCGGACUAUAUCUUUUCGCACAGACUCUUAGACGACGUUGGAUCUCGUGUUUCCUGUAACAUAUUUGCUAUUACAUUCGCUUCGUUCGCCACUUGUAGCUGCCAGCUACUUGUCAUAUUUAUUGUGUGCCAUCCGGCUGUCGACCAAGAUGGCAUCCAUGGAAUCAUCAACCCAUUAUUCAGUCGGUGCGAGUUCUACCGCGGUGACGCAGGGCAAUUGGUCGCUAAGCGGAAACAAAUUCGCAAGCCUUGGGGUUAGGACAUCCGGAGACCGAGGACAAGGCAGAGCCGAUCCGGGCACUCGGACACCAGUUUCGACAAUUGCAAGGGCAUCGCCUAGGUGCAGUGGGUAUCCUCCGACGGGAUGAGGCCGCUUGUGGAAUUCGGCAUCGAGAACAGCCGAGUGGCUGGAAAGUCGAUCUCCAGAAUAGUGCACGGCGUCGGUCGAAGCGGGCGGCCUGAGCGAAACAUCGCAGCGGGCCCGAGUAAAUCCUGGCAUCUGUUCUCGCGGAGGGCCCAUUGGUUGUCGAGCUGGCGAGGAUGGGUGACGAUCGUGGAGGAUGCGAUGUGUCCUCGCCGGUGUAUCAACCGUGCUCCAUUCACAUUCCACAUAUUGAACCUCGCCGAGCGCGAGGACGGGUCUAUGCUUGGACUUCUGCUUCAGUUUCUGUGCAGGCUUCUUGCCGAAACGAGUAGUCUUCCCCCACGAGGGGAGGUCCUUUCUGCGCCACUUCGGCGUCGAGUCGAAAGCGGGGAUGAGCUCGGUGCAAUCUGCGGUCAUUGUUUCCUGCGAGGAGCGGGACUCGGGGAUACAAAGGAGGAUUCGAAUGAGAUGACAGAACCCAUUCUCAAGCGUCCGCUUAUAUACCCGCCGUCGACACAAAGCUCUGGUCCAUGCGUGCAGGCCCCAUUCGCCAAACAUUCGAUCCAGGCAUAGCCAGAAGAACCAGGCGGACAGGCCUGUCAGUUUCAGACAUUUUAUGGCAUCCGUCGUUCCGCCUUGUUCUUCGAGUGUCCUUGUCAAGGUUCUUGUUGUCGUUGGGGAUGUCCACGACGUGGGCGUCGUCACCGUGACGGCAGCAGUCCAAUUUGGAGAGACACAGAAAGGUAUCGUUUCUGGCUAGUGGCAGAGCUUCAAAAGCGCAUAAAGAACUGAGUAUCCGAGAUGCCCCGCUUGAACGGCCGAGAGUCACUGUCGACAAAGCUGAGAGUUGCUCGCAGCUGAUAUGAAGCGGAUUGGACGGAUGAUGAUUCGGUACUUGUCACGUGCAACUCAGUUUACGCGCCUACACUAAUUCGGGCCAAGAUUUGCUCCUUGACAAUUUUCGAGAAAAUGAGGCUUCCCAAAGGGAAAAAGAAAUGUAGCGCUCUUAUGGAUGAGAAUCAAGAGUCAAAUCAGUCGUCUCUGAUUAGAUUGUGCAACACCGAAAAUGAAAGAAUUGUUCUUCACAUCUCUUGUUUCUACCCAGUUGAGAGAGAGAUGGCUUCUUGAAUAGAAGGAGACAUGUAAAAAAGCACCUACAUCCUCAUCUUCGGAGUAUCUCUCAAUUUACUCCUACCCAUCUUCUUGAGAAGAAAAUCGUGCU